AUGAAGUCCAUCCUAGAUGGCCUCGCAGACACCACGUUCCGCACCAUCACCACAGACCUCCUCUACGUGGGCUCGAAUGACAUUCAGUACGAAGACAUCAAAGGUGACAUGGCGUCCAAGUUAGGCUACUUCCCACAGAAAUUUCCAUUAACUUCCUUUCGUGGAAGUCCCUUCCAAGAAAAGAUGACUGCGGGAGACAAUGCCCAGCUGGUCCCGGGAGAUCCAUUGAAUAUGACCGAGUUUUACAACAAGUCUCUCUCAUCCUACAAGGAGAACGAGGAGAACAUCCAGUGUGGGGAGAACUUCAUGGACAUGGAAUGCUUCAUGAUCCUGAACCCCAGCCAGCAGCUGGCCAUUGCCGUGCUGUCCCUCACGCUGGGCACCUUCACGGUUCUGGAGAACCUGUUGGUGCUCUGUGUCAUCCUGCACUCCCGCAGCCUCCGCUGCCGGCCCUCCUACCACUUCAUCGGCAGCCUGGCAGUGGCAGAUCUCCUGGGGAGCGUCAUUUUUGUCUACAGCUUCGUCGACUUCCAUGUGUUCCACCGCAAAGACAGCCCCAACGUGUUUCUGUUCAAACUGGGUGGGGUCACGGCUUCCUUCACUGCCUCGGUGGGCAGCCUGUUCCUCACGGCCAUUGACAGGUACAUAUCGAUUCACAGGCCCCUGGCCUAUAAGAGGAUCGUCACCAGGCCCAAGGCUGUGGUGGCCUUUUGCCUGAUGUGGACCAUAGCAAUUGUGAUCGCUGUGCUGCCUCUCCUGGGAUGGAACUGCAAGAAACUGCAGUCCGUUUGCUCAGACAUUUUCCCGCUCAUUGACGAAACCUACCUGAUGUUCUGGAUCGGGGUGACCAGUGUGCUGCUGCUGUUCAUCGUGUAUGCAUACAUGUACAUUCUCUGGAAGGCUCACAGCCAUGCGGUCCGCAUGAUUCAGCGCGGCACCCAGAAAAGCAUCAUCAUCCACACAUCAGAGGAUGGCAAGGUGCAGGUGACCCGGCCAGACCAAGCCCGCAUGGACAUUAGGCUGGCCAAGACCCUGGUCCUGAUCCUGGUGGUGUUGAUCAUCUGCUGGGGCCCUCUGCUUGCGAUCAUGGUGUAUGAUGUCUUUGGGAAGAUGAACAAACUCAUUAAGACGGUGUUUGCGUUCUGUAGUAUGCUCUGCCUGCUGAACUCCACCGUGAACCCCAUCAUCUAUGCUCUGAGGAGCAAAGACCUGAGGCAUGCUUUCCGGAGCAUGUUCCCCUCGUGUGAAGGCACCGCCCAGCCUCUGGAUAACAGCAUGGGGGACUCGGACUGCCUGCACAAGCACGCAAACAACGCUGCCAGUGUUCACAGGGCUGCAGAGAGCUGCAUCAAGAGCACCGUCAAGAUUGCCAAGGUGACCAUGUCUGUAUCCACAGACACGUCUGCCGAGGCUCUGUGA